AUGAAAGUCUCUCCGGAUGAGCAGGCGACCAUCAACGCGCUGCAAGCAAACUGGAUCUGGACCCCAGCCUGGACCGAUUCCUCCCCGCACAACACCGCCGGCCGCGUCGUCCGCUUCACCCGCCAAUUCCCCCUCUCUUCGUCUCCAACAAAAGCGCUUCUCCACUUCUCCGCCGACACCCGAUACAAGCUCUUUGUCAAUGGCGUACGAGUCGCUGUCGGGCCGACGCGGAGCAGUCCGUGGAUCUGGUACUACGACACCUUGGACAUCGCUCCGUAUUUGCAGCCAGGGAUUAAUACAGUGCGAUUCGAUGUCGUUCGCUAUUUUGCUGCGUCGCGCGGUGCUAUGCCGUUUCAGCGGACGGCCUUUCCGGGGCUGACGGUCGUUGGGCAUGUAGAGGCCGAUUGUGAGAGCGUUGUUCUUGAUUCUGCUGGUGAUGGUGAUGGUGGGCAGUGGGAGGCAAGCGUUGAUGACAGUCUUACGUUUCCAAUGGGCCGCGUGGAUGAUGUUUUCCUUCAUAUCAGCGAGCGCAUCUCGCCGACGACUCCAUCACAGGCAGUGAUUCCCGUGGCAUACGGACUCAGGACCCUCAAUGGGGAGCUCGCGCCCUGGCGCUUGAGAACACGUCCGAUUCCAAUGUACGAGGAGAGCCGCAUCGCGGUCGACACGGUUCGCUCGUGCCGGAGCACGAUUUCCAUCCAGGACUGGACCUCGUGGCUUGCACAGGGAACGCCAUUGACCCUUGCCCAGGACUCAUCACACACCCUCGAAAUCCAGGCUGAUGUGCACUCGACUGCCUUUCUCCGCUGGACAUUCCAAGCAACCAAGCCAUCGUCUAUUCGGAUGAAGGUCACGUAUUCCGAAGGGUAUGAGCUGGAGCCUCGAGCAUACCCCUUCUUCCGCACAAAGAAAGAUCGGCUAGACGCGUCAGGACACCUUAUCGGCCCGUUCGACGAAGUAGAGUUUAACCUCGAGACCUCUGAGCCUGUCGUGUAUGAACCAUUCUGGUUCCGCACUUUCCGCCUCAUCCGACUCGAAAUCAGUGCUGGGCCCGAACCCAUCACCCUAACCAGCUUCACCGCAACACAAGUAAACUAUCCCCUGGCCGUGAAAGCCCGUUGGGAGGAUCCCAGCGAUGCAGAUAGCAAAGCCAUCUGGGACGUCUCGAUUCGGACGCUGCGCAACUGCAUGUUCGACGGCUACUCCGACUGUCCAUUUUACGAGCAGCUGCAGUACUCCGGCGACUCGCGCCAAGUCGGUCUCUUCCAUUACCUCCUCUCCGGAGACGAUAGACUCAUGCGACAAGCGAUCACCAAUUACGCGGCGUCGAUAGUCGCAGAAGGACUCACGCAGUCUCGAUUCCCGUCGCACGUUCCCCAGGUCAUCGCCGGGUUCUCGCUCUACUGGAUCCUUCAGGUAGCGGACCAUCAUCUCUUCUUCGGGGAUACACCAUUCACCCGCUCCUUCCUUCCUCGAAUCGACGGCGUACUUGAAUUCUUCGCAGCGCACGUCGACGACCUCGGCCUCGUCAGCGGACUCCCCGAGGACGUCUGGCAGUACGUAGACUGGGUCACGACCUGGGGCGCAACAGACACACACCCGGAUAAAGGCGUCCCCACAUCAGGCCGUGAAUCCAACCGGCACACAUACUUCAGCCUCCUCUAUGCGUAUGUCCUGCAGCAAGCUGCGCGUCUCGUCCGAGACGUCGGAAGACCGGGCCACGCCGAGGAAUACGAGGCUCGCGCUGCGUCUCUCCGCUCCGCUGUCCGAGCGCACUGCUACGACGGGCAGUUUUUCACAGAUAGCACGGCGGGCGUUGCAGGUGCAGACGCGUAUUCGCAGCACUGUCAGGUCUUUGCCGUUCUCUCGGGAACGGCUGUGCCGGAAGACCACGCGCGGUUACUGACAGCGUGCCUCGACGACGCUCGGUUCUCGAAAUGCUCGUACAUGAUGCGCUUCUAUCUCCUCCGCGCAGCCGCCGUUGCAGGCGACGACGUGUACGAGGGAUUCUGGAAGGACGCGUGGACUCCCUGGCGGAAGAUGCUGGCUCAGAACCUCACGACGUGGGAGGAAGACGAUGUACGGCAGCGCUCGGACUGUCACGCUUGGGGAAGUGUUCCGAUUUACGAGUACUGCACGGAAUUAGCGGGUGUUCAACCCAUCGCUGCGGGAUCGAGGAAGAUAUUGUUUAAGCCGCGGUUGGUGCUGAGCGAGGGGUUGAGGGCCAAGGUGGCGUUGGGUGGGGAUAACGUCGCCACGGUUGAGUGGAAGACGCUCUUGUCGGGAAAGAAGCAGGUUGAGCUGCGCUUGGAGAAGCCCGUCGAGGUUGUGAGCCGGCUUCCGGGGGGUGAGGAGGUUGAUCAUGGUCUUGUUGGCUGCAUAUCACUUCAGCAUUAG